CCUGAGCCGAAAUCAAGAGUCAGACGCUUAACCGACCGAGGCGCCCAGGCACCCCCACUCUUGAUUUUUAAUACCUGUCCACUCUAAAAAAUAAUAAGCUUAAUGAUUAUUAAGAAGAAGAAGGGCCAUGACCCUCCCACCCUCACCCUCCCUUCAGUUUGGAAUCCCUCAGUCUCUCCCUUCUUCCUUGAAAACCACCACAGAAAUCAUCCUCAGGGCCCUCCUAGGCCUGUCAUUCUCCUGCUCGGAAAAUACCAGUGGCUUGCGUACCAUCCCCACCAGGCAGAUGAAGUUCGAGCUUCUCACCACACGGACCAAGUUUUCUCUCCGGGGAUCUUGGAUGUGAAGCCACCUCGAGGAUUUCCUGCCACGCCUCACACCUCCCUGAGGACACCCUGUUCUCGGAGAAACCCCCCCACCACCUCCCCAAACCCCUGCCCCAUAGGUCCCAGUGUGGAACGAGGAUUUCAAGCUCUAGUGACCGCCCCCCCCACCCCGCCGCCGUCCCCCAGGCCCCAGGAUGUUGCUCACUCACCGGGAGGCCUGGGGCACCUCGUUUCUUCACACCUGGCCUUGACCACCUUUCCUAAGGACUCCGUGCUCCUCAUCAGCAUUCCCCAGGUUCUGUCCCACGGUCGCUGGGCCCCGCCAGGCACGUCACAGAACAUCCGAGAGGCGAGGCGCCUGGCGGCCUCUGACCUCCCCAAGCUUGCGUCCUGAUGGGCCCAGCCUGGGUCACUGCUCAUGGCGACCCACCGUGGAGGCCACCGGCUGGAAAAUGUCGCCUGACUGUGACCACCACUCACCUCCUCUGUGGCCUCCAGCUUGGGUUUUCGACGUUGUUUCUGGGCUUCGCCUGCUCUAACUGGAGACUGC